AUGGAAAAUGAAGAAGUUGGAUUAAACAUCUUCUUCUACAGAGAGAGUGAGGAACAGGAAUCUGCUGCAGGAAGACAAAAGAGUCGAGUCGUGGAGACCAAAGAGCGAGAGGACGAGUGCUUCAGCUGCGGAGACGGGGGUCAGCUGGUCUCCUGCAAGAAGCCGGGCUGCCCCAAGGUCUACCACGCAGACUGCCUGCAGCUCACCCGCAGACCUGCAGGUCGGUGGGAGUGUCCGAGGCACCAGUGCGACUCCUGCGGUAAAGAAGCGAAGUCGUUUUGUGAGAUUUGUCCGAGUUCUUUCUGCGACGUUCACAAAGACGGUCGUUUGUUCAAGUCCAAAGUCGACGGGAAACUCCUCUGCAGCGAGCACGACCCCUGCGGCCCCCACCCCCUGGAGCCGGGCGAGAUCCGGGAGUACCAGGGCCCGGCGGGGGGGGAGGGGCUGGGCUACGGGCUGGGCAUGGCGGUCCUCCCCCCCUCCUCCUCCUCCCUCACCUCCAGGGCCUCCCCCGAAUACUCCAUCCCCAUCACACUGGCCCCCAGCGGCUCCGAGCGCUCCUCCAGCCCCCCCUGCUUCCACCUCCCCCACUACUCCCCCAUCUCCUCCUAUGACGAGGAGGAGGAGGGGGAGGAGGGGGAGGAGGAGGUGGAGCAGGACCUGGUGGAGCAGGGUGAGGACAAGUCGGAGCCGGAGAGUGUGGACUAUGUGGAGAUCAAAGACGACGAGGACGAGGAUUACGAAGACGAUUGA